AUGUAUACUGCUAGAAGAAAUCUUGUCAAAAAUUUAUCUAAACUCCCAACCUUAAGAAGAUACAAUGGUACCAAAGCCUCUGGUACCAUCAUUGGUAUCGAUUUAGGUACCACCAACUCUGCUGUUGCCGUCAUGGAAGGUAAAGUUGCCAAAAUCUUAGAAAACGCUGAAGGUGCCAGAACAACUCCCUCUGUUGUUGCCUUCACUGAUGACAACGAAAGAUUAGUUGGUAUUCCAGCCAAACGUCAAGCUGUUGUCAACCCAACAAACACCUUAUAUGCCACAAAACGUCUUAUUGGUAGAAGAUUCGAUGAUCCAGAAGUCCAAAAAGAUAUAAAACAAGUCCCUUUCACAAUUGGUAAGGCCGCCAAUGGUGAUGCAUGCCUUGUUGUUGAAAACAAACAGUAUUCUCCAGCUCAAAUUGGUGGUUUUGUUUUAAACAAAAUGAAAGAAACCGCUGAAGGCGCUUUAGGUAAAACCAUCAAAAAGGCUGUUGUUACUGUUCCUGCUUAUUUCAAUGACGCUCAAAGGCAAGCCACAAAAGAUGCUGGUCAAAUUGUCGGUUUAGACGUCUUAAGAGUUGUUAAUGAGCCAACUGCUGCUGCCUUGGCCUAUGGUUUAGAUAAAACUAACGCAGAAAAGGUUGUUGCCGUUUUCGAUUUGGGUGGUGGUACCUUUGAUAUCUCCAUUUUAGAUAUUGACAAUGGUGUCUUUGAAGUCAAAUCUACCAACGGUGAUACUCACUUGGGUGGUGAAGAUUUCGAUAUCGAAUUGGUCAGAUACAUUGUCAAAGAGUUCAAAACCAAAAGUGGCAUUGAUUUAAGUGAUAACAGAGUUGCCAUUCAAAGAAUCAGAGAAGCCGCUGAAAAAGCCAAAGUUGAAUUGUCUUCUACCAUCUCAACUGAUAUCAACUUGCCUUUUAUUACUGCUGACGCCUCCGGUCCAAAACAUAUUGACAUGAAAAUUACAAGAUCUAAAUUUGAAACUCUCGUUGAACCAUUAAUCAAAAAGACUAUUGACCCAGUCAAAAAGGCUCUUAAGGAUGCCAACUUAUCUACCAGUGAUAUCUCUGAAGUCUUAUUAGUUGGUGGUAUGACAAGAAUGCCCAAAGUUGUUUCUACCGUCAAAAAAAUCUUUGAUGGUAAGGAACCAUCAAAGGCCGUUAACCCAGAUGAAGCCGUUGCUAUGGGUGCUGCCAUUCAAGGUGCUGUCUUGGCCGGUGAAGUUACCGAUGUUUUAUUAUUAGAUGUUACUCCAUUAUCGUUAGGUAUUGAAACCUUGGGUGGUGUUUUCACAAGAUUGAUUCCAAGAAACACUACCAUCCCAACCAAGAAAUCUCAAGUUUUUUCAACUGCUGCCUCUGGUCAAACUUCUGUUGAGAUCAGAGUCUUCCAAGGUGAAAGAGAAUUGGUUCGUGACAACAAAUUAAUCGGUAACUUUACCCUUGGUGGUAUUCCACCAGCUGAAAAGGGUGUUCCUCAAAUUGAAGUCACCUUUGAUAUCGAUGCUGAUGGUAUCAUUAAUGUUUCUGCCAAGGACAAAUUGACCAACAAGGAUGCUGCUAUCACUGUUUCUGGUGCUUCCGGUUUAUCUGAUUCCGAAAUUGAAAAGAUGGUUAAAGACGCUGAAAAAUUCAAAGAAGCCGAUAAUGCUAGAAAAUUAGUUGUAGAAGCUGCCUACAAAGCUGAAGAUUUCUGUGCUAAGACUGAAAAAUCUUUAUCUGAAUACUCUGAAAAGAUCUCAGAAGAAGACACCAAGGAAAUAAACGAAAAAAUUGAAAAAUUAAGAGAACUCGUUGCCAAAUCUCAAGGUGGUGAAGAUGUUUCUGCUGAAGAAUUAGUUGAAUUGACUGAAAGCACAUCAAAGAGAACCUUUGAAAUAUUUGGUAAAUUGUAUCAAAACAACCAAAGCUCUGAUUCAUCUUCUAAUGAAAAACCAGAAAACUAA